UCAGAUCGGAUGCACAGCUGAUAUACUUUUAUUGGUUUUGAUUAGUUCAUUCCUUCAAACAAAAUGAAUUCAAGCGAUCUUUUUACCCCCACCGGAGAUGACAGCUAUAGUACUACUGUGCCCUUCAUUGAGACCAGUGACAUCAGCACCGAAUACUACUAUGACUUGCCAGAGGGGGACUUUGGAAUGUGUGUUUAUACGCAAUACGGGGCCUACUUUCUCCCACCCCUCUACGCCAUUUUCUUUGUCCUUGGCCUUCUUGGUAACUCAUUAGUGAUCUGGGUCAUCGCUUGCGGGGUGAGACUCCAAAGCAUGACUGAUGUGUGCCUGUUCAACUUGGCCAUCGCUGACCUACUCAUGGUGUGCUCCCUUCCCUUCCUCGCCCACCAAGCAAGAGACCAGUGGCUGUUUGGCGAUGGCAUGUGCAAGUUGGUGCUGGGAGUUUACCACAUCGCCUUUUACUGUGGGAUUUUUUUCAUCUGCCUGAUGAGCAUUGACCGCUACUUGGCCAUAGUGCACGCAGUUUACGCCCUGAAAGCGCGGACACGCUCCUUUGGCAUUGUGGCAGCUGCCAUUACAUGGGUGGCUGGCUUCUUGGCCUCUUUUCCGGAUGUGAUCUUCCUCAAAGAGCAAACAAGCCCCAACAGCUCUCAGUUCUGCUACCCAGAGUUUCCUGAAAAAUCAAAUGAUGAGGGCCCUAACAACCCUCAUUUCUGGAGAGUGUUCGGUCUCUUCAAAAUGAACAUUUUGGGUCUGUUUGUGCCAGUUUUCAUCCUGAGCUUCUGCUACUCUCAGAUUGUUUGGAGGUUGAUGUUGAGCCGGUCCUCCAAGAAGCAGGCCAUCCGCCUGGUCGUCCUGGUGGUGGCCGUUUUCUUCUGCUGCUGGGUUCCUUACAACGUGGCGUCCUUCUUCAAAGCGCUGGAACUUCUGCACAUCUACACCGGAUGCGAAACCAGCAAGGCCAUCAGACUGGCUUUACAGAUUACUGAAGCCAUCGCGUACUCCCACAGCUGCCUCAAUCCCAUUCUGUACGUGUUCGUCGGGGAGAAGUUCAGGAGGCAACUGGUGAGGCUGAUAAACAGAACCCCGUGCAGUGUGUGCCAGGUGGUCAAGUUGUACUUACCACAGAGCAGACGUAGCUCGGUGUACUCGCAAACUACCAGCGUGGACGAAAGGAACACUGUGGUAUAAUCUGGGACUUUAAAUUCAUUGUGUUACUUAUAUCAAUACCUUUGUGAAUAUCUUAAAAACACACACUGUUCACGACAAGUCAGCUAAGUUCAUCCUAGUUUCAGGUGAGGUUUUACUUGUUUUCUUGUUAUGAGGCAGUGCAGUGUUUAUGUACAGACUGUACUGAAUGUAAUGCUUUCCGAUGCACAGUGUCUUACAAUGUACCAAAUACCUUAAAUGUUUUUUUGGUUUUGUUUUUUUAUGAUUAUAGGUUUUAUGUACAGGUGCAUCUCAGUAAAUCAGAAUAUCUUAAGAUUGUUCAUGUGUUUCUUUCAAUUCAAUACAGAGAAAUUAAGUAUUUUAUACCCCCAUUACAUAAUUUUGAGGAUUAUGGCUUACAUCUCAUGAAAACCCACAAUUCAGUUUCUUAGAAAAGGUGAAUAUUAGAUAAGACCAACAAAAGGUGUUUUUAAUACAAACAUGUCGGAACACAAAAAAGUAAGUUCAUAUCAGGGUUUCUUUCAGGGGAUAAAAAAAAUCUUAAAUUCGUACUCUCAAUAUCAGGCUUUAAAAAAAAGUUAGCUGACCAGAUUUUCUAUACUUGGUUUUAAAACACAAGCAGUUACAUAAUUCUAAUGAAAAUGUUCAUGUUCACUCUUUACUUCUUCAACUUUUUUUUUCUUUUUUUACUUUUGAGAAGAAAAUUAGGAAUCAUGCUCCCAAAACGUUCAGUUUGAGAUCAAAUGUUCUUAUUAGAUAUUUACUACCAGGCCAUUUGUUCUGGGAAAUUAUAGGUUUAACAAUUUAUUUGCUUAAAAUCAGGAUUAUCAACAGCUGGCAAGAAUGCAACAUCAAUAACCCUUAGAAAGGGUUAUUUAAAAUCUAAGAAUGUUAUAAAGUUAUAUACUAUUUAUAGUUAUUAUUUGUAGAAUUUAGUAAUACUGACCUUGCUUAAAUUCUAAAGUUGCUUACAUAUUUUAGUAGUAGUUUAGAUUUAAUGCCACAUCAGUGACCAUUAUUAUAUCAUUUCAACAGGAUGUAGUAAACAACAGUUUAUUUAAAACACUCCAAGAAAUGUUAAUAUAAAGAGGCAAAUAAAUACAAUUUACAAGCAAUUAAUUUAAAUGAGCUAUAAGGCAAGUCAUUUUUAUACCAUGUUAUUCAAAUAGGUGGUAAUUUUCAGUCACUCAAAUUCAGAGCUAAAUGUAUUUUCUUGUUGCUUGUGCACCUUCUUCUACCACACUUUUUCUUUCCACUAAACCUUCCAUGAAUAUGCAAAGAUACGACCAAUUUCAACAGACAGCUUCUUUAACAGCAACCUCUAACAUAUUCCUGUGGGGGUUUUAAUCGCUUCAACAAAUAUGAACUCAGCGGUCUUCCCUACAAAUGUUUGGGCCAUGACAUAACCUUUCUGUGAAAAGAAAUCCUUUUUAUUUAUCGGAUUUAAUAUUUACAUUUUUUGAUUAACAUGUAUAUUUUUUAAAUAGCUGU